CAGCCACGGUGCUUGAUCUGACGAAUAUUCAGAAUGAAACGGCACAUUUGGCAAUUGAUGAAUCUGUGUUUUGGAUGAGCACAGCCGUAGCACCGUGGCCCACAAAAUCCAAGGCAAAUGCUCAUCUGCAGGAUGAUACUUUUUGCUGUGGCAGCUUCAGCCCGGGUGCUGAUGCUUGCCCGGAAGGGUGCCGCCAUACGAACGGAUAUAACGGCUUUCAUGCAAACGAAUGCUUUACUGGCGAUCCGAGGAGACUUUGAAACAGGUGCUCCCAUGUUGGCUGGACGAGGGUGGUCCGUGGACUGCUGAGCAGCUGCCCUGGGAGCAGGCUGCCGCUAGCAAGGCCUGAAUGGUGCUGAGGCAAUGAGGAAGGAAACUGAACAAAACGCUACUGCCAGUUGGCGACAUGUGGAGUUGCACUGCCGUUUGCGCAUGCUUUAGGACGUACAUAGUGUGUAAGAACUUGGGUUUUUGUGGCAAUGUGGAGGACUGUUCAUGACCAGAUCGGCCAGUGCGCUGCAUGUGCAUGUGCUGAGCCGGUGAACCGCGGUGAGAUACAUUAUCAUUUUGCUGUGAAUAUUGCCCAUGAAGAGCUUCGAGCUGCACAGGCUGUGCUUGCUCGCUGCAUUAGUAGAUAUCGUGAGGUUCAAAGAAGACUGGGUGAAGUUGAUAAAUCCCCAGGGUAGCAGAUUUUAUUAUCCCUAUCCUUGUCAAAUCUGUAAAAAGGAAUACUUUAU